CAGCGAUGGAGUUCUUCUGCGAGGCCGAGGCAGUCCGCCUGCGCAGCCACAACAACAAGUUCCUGUGCGUGACGGACGACGGCCGGUCGCUGCGGCUCUCGAGGAACGGAAACGCCAAGGAGGCGGUGUGGCAGGUGGUGUGCGUCUCCCUGGACUACCGGCGGCCAAUCCUCCGGCUGAAGAGCCGGGCGGUGGGCUGCUUCCUCAAGGCGACCGACGCGGUGGCGCUCAUGAGGGGAAUAAAGGUCGGGGGGAAGGUGGUGCCAUGCUGGUCCGACCCCAUGGACUUCUCCCUUGAUUGGGAGCCCCGCAGGGAGGGUUUCCAGGUGGUGCUGAUGAGCAGGAAGAACGGCGGGUUCCUCCGCCCCCACAGCGGCCCCUCCCCGUGGAGGAACGCCGUCACCCUCGACCCAUCGCUCAGCAAGGCGACUCUCACCGCCGUCGCCAUACAGCAGUGCUUCCUGUGGGAGGUGGAGCCGGCCGACGCCGAGCCGGCGCCCUCCCUCCUCGUCAGCGUCUUCACCUCCCUGGCUAUGGACGAUCAACUGGGAAUGAGAUCCAGCAGUGACUACGAAGAAAGAAGCAUUACCUCCAGUAGGAGUUCAACUGUGGGCACAGAAACACCUGGUUCAUUGUCCAGCUCAACGCGAGAGCCCAAUGAAAGAGUGAUCUCCUUCACCAUGAUGGAUCAUAAUGAGACUGAUGAAGAUGACAAGCAAUUCUCAUCCAUCACAUUCCAAGGAAAUGAUGUUCAAGAUAUGACAAGGAAGCUAGAAGAAGCAACGGGACUCCAGGAUAUCAUUGUUUGCGGGAAGAAUCCGUGUGAUGGGGAAGUUUUUCCUUUGCGCUUGCCGCUGCCGCCGGGAAACCUGCCGAUGAGGGUUCUGUUGGUUCAAUCCCCAAGAUGCCAAAGUCCCUCUGAAACUCUACCCAAACCAUGUUUGGCUUCGAAGACCUGGGAUGAACUUGCAAGAGUGAGAAACAUGGAUUUUAUGGGGGGAGCAAGGAGAAUCUUUAAGAAAGCACUACUUGAUUGGGAACUUCCAAGAUAUCCCCUCAAGUUUCCGGCUAAGUAAUCUGAUCGUGUAGCACUUAUACCGUGCAAUUUUUCCCGUCGAAUCAGUAGUUGUAGGCACGGCAAGCAAAGAGACCAGUUUAGAGUGCAGUUGCCCCAUGUAAUAAGUUCAGACAAUGAAAAAGGACAAUAUUGGCGUCAAUUGUUUCAAGUAGAGGUGA